CACUAAUCUACUUCCAACAGAUGUAUUGAUUCAGUAUUUGUUAACACUUCAUUUUAAGGUGUCCUUGUUACACGUUACCUGUACUUACUAUUGUAAUAAAAACAAAUGAUGCAUAAUUACAUGCAAGCAACCCUAACCAUAUAAAAGUACAUGUAGUUAAUUAAUAUAACUCAGUAAUUAAUGUGUAAUUACACUGGAACAAGGACUUUAUUGCGAUUCAUAAUUAACUCGUCUCACAGUGUUUAUAAAGAUGAAUAUCAAUCAAACUAUAUAUCAAUCAAACAACACAUUUAGUCGAACCUCACACCAGCAGAAGUUACCUUCAGGAACACAGUGUUUAUUGAUAGUCCUAGUUUGCAGGAGACCUGCACAGCUGUAUUUACCGUGUAAACUUGUUGAAAUGUCCUUCAUGGGUCUGUUAUGUCACAAAAACCUGAAGAUCCAGUUUGUGAGCGGCAGAGCAGCAUAAGAGCUGGGUGCUGCUGGACACUUCAGAUCUCCACCGCUGCUGGCAAACACAAGAUGGCUCAUUAUAACCCAUCCUUAUCGUCUCCAUCAGACGAGGUCAAUCUGGGUGUGUCGGUCAAUCCUCAAGCCAAACCCACUGACUUUGACUUUCUGGCUGUGAUUGGGAAAGGAACAUUUGGGAAGGUGCUCUUAGCUAAACUGAAAGCUGAUGGGAAAUUCUAUGCCGUGAAAGUUUUGCAAAAGAAAAUGAUAUUGAAGAAAAAAGAGCAAAAGAAUAUCAUGGCAGAGAGGAACGUGCUGCUCAAGAGUCUGAAACACCCUUUUCUGGUCGGGCUGCACUACUCCUUUCAGACCUCGGAGAAGCUGUAUUUUGUCCUGGAUUACGUCAACGGUGGAGAGUUAUUCUAUCACCUGCAGAGAGAGCGGUGUUUCUCAGAGGCACGAGCUCGCUUCUACACGGCGGAGGUGGCCAGUGCCAUCGGAUACCUUCACUCUCUCAAUAUAGUGUACAGAGACCUCAAGCCAGAAAACAUUCUGUUAGACCACCAGGGCCAUGUGGUGUUAACAGAUUUCGGCUUGUGUAAAGAAGGCAUAGAACCAGAAGGAACCACCACGACCUUCUGCGGCACCCCAGAGUAUCUGGCCCCUGAGAUCCUACGGAAAGAGCCGUAUGACCGCACUGUGGACUGGUGGUGUCUCGGAGCUGUGCUCUAUGAGAUACUUUACAGCUUACCUCCGUUCUACAGCCGGGACGUGUCUGAGAUGUACGACGCCAUCCUUCACAAACCUCUGCAUCUGCCUCCGGGGAAGUCUCAGGCCUCCAGUCACCUGCUCCACGGACUCCUGCAGAAAGACCAGCGCCGCCGGAUAGGAGCCAUUGCUGAUUUUUUGGAGAUUAAAAAUCAUGUCUUCUUCACCCCCAUAAACUGGGACGACCUCUACCACAAGCGAAUCACUCCUCCAUAUAACCCAAAUGUGAGAGGCCCAGCAGACCUUCAGCACAUUGACCCAGAGUUCACCAGAGAGACGGUGCCCAACUCUGUGGGCCGCACCCCAGACCUCACCCCCAGCCUGGCCACCAGCAGCUCCAACGCCUUCACCGGCUUCUCAUACAUCUCUGGAGAAGACGGCUUCCUCUGAAGCGAAGGCUUCUCUCGCCGUCAGCUCUCUGAGCGCAGGGCGUUUCACUGGACUGGGAUGAGGGUAAGCUGUGCCACAGGAAACGCACCUGUCGCAUGACGAGUUUUCAGAUUCUGCAUUCAUAAUAAGAUAUUUCAUCAGGAUGCACUCAUGUUCUUUGUGUAAGACUAAAGGACAUUGCCGGAGACGGGUUUGCUGAUUGCACCGCUGGCAAAGCAGCUAUAGUUGCAAAACCUGUAAAAGUCUACAGUAGAUUUGUGAUCUUGCUCGUCUUUGGGGGAUGGUGGAUCUGCCUGCUUUACCUUUGGCAACAUCCUCAUCUAAUGUUCUUCAUCUGAUUACUGAAAAGCAUGGAAAAUGACACCUUUGCUUUGUAACGUUAUGUGCAAAACAUCCUGUAAUGCAAUGCUCUUCUGUUGUUAAAAAUGUCACAAUCAAAUCUAUUUUAUGAUCUAAAAAAGUGAAGUUAAUCUAACUGUGCUUUAUGAAAUCAUGUAUUAAUGCUGAGAAAGUCUUUGUGAAGAACCAUUGAUAAAUGUAUUUGUUUUUUCUCUUUGACACAGAUAUGUACAGAUAUACAUAUAUAUAUAUACUGCUCAUAUGUGUUUUUGUUUAAGAUGUUGUCAAAUCUGGCUAAUGUUUCCCUUAAUUUGUGUGAUAUGAUAGAAUUCACCUUGGAAAAAAAAUGUGCUGAGAUUUUAUUUUAUUUUCCUCUGAUGUGGCAGUUUUUGUUUCCAUAUGACAAAGCAGCGAUGAAUUCAUGCAAAGCAUUACAUUCACACACUGUUCAUUCAUUUGGACUUUAUAUUAGCUUCCUUUAAAUAAACAUAAAAAAAGAUCAAACAUAAAUACCAAAAACAGUUCAUUUCCAUGUUGGCUUUAUGAUCACUAGAAAGUUAGAAACUGUUUUUAGACAAAUUAUAAUUAGUUUUGGUCCUUAUGCAAAAGCUAAUUUUAGUCUCAUCAGGUGACUGUAAAUAAGAUCAUUUUCUUAUCUAGAAGUUAUCUAUUUGCAAUCAGCAAAGAUGAAUUUAAGGAAGUGUGUGCUUUCCACAGUGUAGACUAACUCUGGGUUAAGUCUGGAACAUUUCUGAGAUAAGGUAGAUUGAUUAAAGUUUCUCCGUGUUUUGAGGCGUUUAAAAAAUAUUUUAGAAUUUUAUUCUAAUCUCUAAAACAAUA